AUGAACAAGGUUUUGGGUUUAUUGGUCAGUUUGGCCGGAGUCUUGGCAACAGCCUCCGCGUGGUGGAAACCUCCCCAGCACACUACUUGGCAAUGGCAGCUCGAGAAUGACGAUGGUCACCUCGUGAAGACCUAUAAUGUAGAUAUGUAUGAUAUCGACCUGUUUGAUACGACCACCAGCGAUAUUCAGGACCUUAAAAACCACGGCCGAAAAGUGAUCUGCUACUUCUCGGCCGGUUCCUACGAGGCCUGGAGACCGGAUCAUCAUGACUUCCCGUCAUCUGUUGUUGGACACGAACUGGAUGGAUGGAACGAAAAAUGGCUGGACAUUCGUUCGUCCAGUGUCCGAAAUAUAAUGAAGAAACGUCUGGACCUGGCUGUCCGGAAGGGGUGUGACGGGGUAGAGCCAGACAAUGUUGACAUGUACACACUGUCUAGAUCUAAACAGGGGUUCUCUUCACAUAUAGACGCAGACGACCAACUCGACUACAAUAAGUUCAUUGCAAGAGAGGCACACCACCGUGACCUAUCGGUGGGACUGAAGAAUGACGUCGGCCAAAUUCAUGAACUACAACCUUACUUUGAUUGGGCCCUCAACGAAGAGUGUAUGGAUUAUGACGAGUGUGACCAAUACGGGCCAUUUAUAAAUAACAACAAGGCUGUGUUCCACGUGCAGUAUUCUACCAAGAGCCAUGGGUCUAGCACGCGCAGUCACGUCUGUCAUGCCUCCGACAAUGAUCGCCCUCAUCAGUUCAUGACCCUUAUCAAAGAGCAACUUGUGACAGACUGGAGACUCGCUUGCUGAACAAGGGCUGUAUUUUACAGUACAAAAUUAUUAAUA